CGCAGCUGGCUCCGCCCCUCCCGCCUGCCGUCGGAACGUUCCGUACGUACGGCGGGAAGCGCUGACGCCGUACGUAGCGGCGGCGUGUGUGUGACGCAGUUGCCCAUGGUAACCCCGGAGCCGCGUAGAGGAUGGGUUUACUGUCAAUCCUCCGUAAACUGAAAAGUGCCCCAGACCAGGAGGUGAGAAUCCUCCUCUUGGGACUGGAUAAUGCAGGGAAGACCACACUCCUGAAACAGUUGGCAUCUGAGGACAUCAGCCACAUCACGCCAACACAGGGCUUCAACAUCAAAAGUGUACAGUCUCAAGGCUUCAAGCUGAAUGUAUGGGACAUAGGUGGCCAGAGGAAGAUCAGGCCGUACUGGAGGAACUAUUUUGAAAACACUGAUAUCCUUAUCUAUGUCAUUGACAGUGCAGAUAGGAAGAGGUUUGAAGAAACGGGUCAGGAGCUGGCUGAGCUUUUGGAUGAAGAAAAGCUUAGUGGAGUCCCCGUGCUCAUAUUCGCUAACAAGCAGGAUUUGCUGACGGCUGCCCCUGCUUCGGAGAUUGCCGAGGGACUGAACCUACACACAAUCCGGGACAGAGUGUGGCAGAUCCAGUCCUGUUCAGCUCUUUCAGGAGAGGGAGUACAGGCUCAUUUUUCCAGCGGCCGGUCGGGAGCUGCCUCUUCCCGAGGAGCCGCCAGUCAGUCUGCGGAGCUGCUCUCCCACCGCUCCCCUCCCUCUCCCCGUCGGAGGCGGUCGCCGGUGCUCCAAGUGAUCAAAACUGCUGGAAGGAGCCUCUUCCCCUCGGAUUUUUCGCUUGUCCAAAAGUAUGAGAAAAGCCAGCCGGCGAGAAAGGCAAACUUUGGGAGGAUCGUCUUGUUUCAAAAAUCAUUUCGUAGGUUAAAAAAAAAAAAAAAAAAAAAGCAUGUCAUGAAACACAUUCCCCGCUGACCUGGCAGGAAAAGGGAAGAGGAAAAAGAAACGCAGGGAAUUAUCUGGGUUUGGUUCAGUGAAGCAGGGUUUGGAGGGGGAAGCAAAUUCUGGGGUUGUUUCUUUCCAACUAAUUUGCCUCAUUACUGUUCCUGCAACACCGGGAUGAGCCAAAAAGCGAGAAACUGUUAGAGCUCUUUAAAGCAUCAGCUCCCUCCCGGCACGGCCAGGAUGCCUGGAAGGCUGUCAGAGCUGCUGGAAAAAAAGCAUUAUAGAUGGUCACACUUAAUUUCUUUUCUUUUUUUUUUUU